GGGCAGAGACGGGGAGAUUUGGCUGUCAACGGAUUAACCCGCCCAAAACUACAAUUCCCAAACCAAGGCAACGUUUUACCCAGCAUUCAACGGGUUUGUGUAUGGGAUAAUGCUGCAAGAUGGCGACAAUUGCAACUGCUACAAACUUACCAUCUUUUGAUUGUCCAACAUGGGCAGGCAAGCCCCCUCCAGGACUCCAUUUGGACGUGAUGAAAGGUGACAAAAUGGUCGAGAAACUGAUCAUUGACGAGAAAAAGUACUACUUAUUCGGGAGGAACCCGGACAUGUGUGACUUCACCAUCGACCACCAGUCAUGUUCACGCGUGCAUGCUGCCCUGGUCUACCACAAGCACCUGAAGAGGGUGUUCCUUAUUGAUAACAACAGCACGCAUGGUACCUUCCUGGGACACAUCCGCCUGGAGCCCAAUAAACCUCAGCAGGUCCCCAUAGACUCCACCAUGUCGUUUGGGGCGUCCACGCGAGCCUACACCAUCCGGGAGAAACCUCAGAGCCAGCAAGGAACCAAUGCCGCCACAGGGGACAGCAAGGCCGGAGAGGACGAGGAGGGGUCUAAGGGCCUCUUAGGAUUACCAGAGGAGGAGACCGAGUUAGAGAACCUGACAGAGUUCAACACGGCCCACAACAAGCGCAUCUCCACCCUGACCAUCGAGGAGGGCAACCUAGAGAUCCAGAGACCCAAGAGGAAGAGGCGGAACUCCAGAGUCACCUUCAACGAGGACGAUGAGGUCAUCAACCCGGAGGACAUUGAUCCCUCAGUGGGGCGCUUCAGGAACAUGGUGCAGACUGCUGUCGUCCCUAUAAAGAAACAGAAAAUGGAGAGGCACGGCUCACUUAGUAUGGACGACGUUGUGACGAGGCGCAUCCACAACUACACCUUCGGCGGCGGCCUUUAUGGGGACCUGCCACCCACCAGCCACGAGGGCCACCACGCCGGGGCCCCGAGCGGAGCCACUAUCCUGGGGGGUCUCCCUCUGCCCUUCCCCAACCCGGCCCCAGAGGUGAACCUGGCCCCGGACGCCCCCCAGCCACCUGUCACCCUCAACCCUGUCCCCGUUACAGGCCCCUAUCCCUCCGAGGUCCUCAACGAGCCCCGCAAGAAAAAGUACGCUAAAGAGGCAUGGCCAGGCAAGAAGCCCACCCCCUCCCUACUAAUCUAACCCUCUCCCUACACUACGGCUCUUUCUCGAUUCGUCUUUCCUCUGUACUUUACCUCCUCUCUCAUGCAUUGUAGAAGAUCCAAGGUCUCUCCUCUUGGACCUUCUCCAAUGUAUUUUGAGGCGAGGAGAGAGGACAUGCGAAAUCCAGGAAAGCCGAAUUAGGAAAGAGCCUAUGUGGUGGAGGCAGGGCUGACUCUCAGGGUAUGGGCGGAGACAUCAGGGACCAUGACCCGUUGGAGGCGGAUUGAUUUUUCUUAAGACUGUUUUGUCAAUGUUUUCUACGUUACUUCCUCGUUCUCCUAAAGAUUAUCCGAAAGUCUUCAUCAGUACAUUCCAUGAAGACAGGAACACCACUCCUUCGGGAGAUGAAUGUUUGAUGUGUUUUACAAAUGAAGUCAUGUAAAAAAGGCAGUACUUGGCAGACCAAGUCAGUUGGUUAGAUAAGAGUAACUUGUGGCAUAAAUCAGUGUCACAUGGCCGUGAUAUUUUACCUCUAAUUGAUAGUCAGGCAUCGUGCAGGGAAACAAACACGAAGCGAAUGUAACUUAGGGAAACAAACAUCAUUAUGUUCUCAUCCAGAUUCACAUGGAUUUAUUUUCCAUGCUACAGCACCCAAUAUUACAGCAGGUUUUUAAAGGGCCUGCUCCGUGUUGCCAUUUUUGCUAUGGGAAAAACAUUGCGAUACUGGUAUCACAGCCUAGUCGUUAUAUGGUUGAUCACUGUGAGUUCCAUAUUACGAUCUCCACUUCCUUCUUUAAGGUCUUGAUAUUUGUUCGAAGUCUAUCUUUGGACAUAGUAUUUUUGCUCACUAUACAGUGCAUUCGGGAAAGUAUUCAGAACCCUUGAUUUUUUCCCCCCACAUUUUGUUACUUAACAGCCUUAUUCUAAAAUGGAUGCGGAAUUUUUUUUAUUUUUUAUCCAUCUGCACACAAUACUCCAUGUCGAAGCAAAAACAGUGUUUUAGACAUUUUAGCAAGUUAUUAAAAAUAGAAUACUGAAAUAUCACAUUUACAUAAUCGCACCUUUGGCAGCGAUUACAUCCUCGAGUCUUCUUGGGUAUGGCGCUACAAGCUUGGCGGACCUUUAUUUAGGGAGUUUCUCCCAUUCUUCUCUGCAGAUCCUCUCAAGCUCUGUCAGGUUGGAUGGGGACUGUUGCUACACAGCUAUUUUCAGGUCUCUCCAGAGAUGUUCAAGUCCGGGCUCUGGCGGGGCCACUCAAAUACAUUCAGAGACUUGUCCCGAAGCCACUCCUGCGUUGUCUUGGCUGUGUGCUUAGGGUCGUUGUUCUUUUGGAAGGUGAACCUUCACCCCAGACUGAGCUCCUGAGCGCUCUGGAGCAGGUUUUCAUUAAGGAUCUUUCUGUACUUUGCUCCGUUCAUCUUUCCCUCGAUCCUGACUAGUCUCCCAGUCCCUGCUGCUAAAAGGUAUCCCCACAGCAUGAUGCUGACACCGCCAUGCUUCACCGUAGGGAUGGUGCCUGGUUUCCUCCAGAUGUGACGCUUGGCAUUCAGGCCAAAGAGUUCAAUCUUGUUUUAAUCAGAUCAGAGAAUCUUGUUUCUCAUGGUCUUCGAGCCUUUAGGUGCCUUUUGGCAAACUCUAAGCGGGCUGUCGUGCCUUUUGUGAAGGAGUGGCUUCUGUCUGUCCACUCUACCAUAAAGGCCUGAUUGGUGAAGUGCUGCAGAGAUGGUUGUCCUUUUGGAAGAUUCUCCCAUCUCCACAGAGGAUCUCUGGAGCUUCUUCAGUGACCAUUGGGUUCUUGGCCACUUCCCUGACCAAGGCCCUUCUCCCCCGAUUGCUCAGUUUGGCCAGGCGGCCAGCUCUACAUGUACCUGAGCUCAACUUUGAGUCUCAUUGCAAAAGGUCUGUAUACAUAAGUAAAUAAGUUAUUCCUAUAUUUUUUAAAUAUAUAGAUUUGCAAAAAUUACUUGUUUUCGCAGAAAAAGUCAAGGGGUCUGAACUAUCUGAAUGGACUGUAGUUAUUUUUUAAAUCUGUUAAACUUGUAAUGUGAACUGUUUUAUACAAGAUGGAUUAUUAUAGGAAUUGACAAAAGUAGAUCAGAGUUUCUGAAAAAAGAUAUGUCCAUUUUCCUAAAGACUGAAUAGGACUAUAGGUUUAUAUUUUUACAGUGCUAUCAAGAUGAGUGCAGCGAAGAGAGAAUUUAAUGUUUACUCAGUUUACAUUCACAAUCAAUCUCAGUAAUAAACAGUUAAUAGGCUGCGCAGAGAGUAGUAUUUAAAUACUAUCUUCCCAUUAUAAAGAUUGCAGUAUAACCUGUAAGUUGCAACUCUGCCUGAAUGUUAGUGAGUUCUGAAGUCCUCUAGAUUUUACAUAUCGCAAUGUAAAUUGGCCUGAUCUGAGCCACCAAUAAAAUGGAUUGGUCACAUGAGUUAAGACUGUAAGGUUCUCAGUUGGUGCAAUUUGAUGUUGAGUAUUGUUUCACAGGCCUUUUGAAAUGAUUCAAUUUCAAAUGUGGUACACAUGGUCCUGCAUCAAAGCACCCAUAAAAUGACUGUCAAAAUGUAGCUUCUUGAUGUUCAAAGAACUGUUAGUUUUCACACCAGCAGAAUACGAUGCCCCCUUUACUGAUUAAUGAAACAUUUAUGUGGUAU